GAAUAAGGGCGGAUGGACUCCACUAAACUCGGCCUCAAGUAAAGGGCAUCUUGAGUUAGUUAAGAUACUGCUCGACAAGGGAGCUGAUCUGACCGUUCCGGAUAGGAACGGAUGGACACCACUCCACACAGCAUCAGCGUACGGCUUUGUGGAUGUGGUCCAAGUUCUUCUCAAAUACCAUGAAUUUGAUGAGAUGUGUAUGGAUAAUGAUGGUCGUACAGCACUUUUCCUUUCUGCGAGAUAUGGACACGACAGUUUGGUGCGACUACUGCUUAGAAAAUGCCCGUUGGAGCUCUACACCAAGGACCACUACAGUGCAACACCAUUAUUUGCGGCAUUGAGAAAUGGACACCUGCAGGUAGCAAAGCUCUUACUCAUCACUGAUGAUACCUGCAUUGGUACUAGGGAUUGCUUCGAUCGGACUUUAAUGUGGUGGGCACGAAGGAGUAGGAAUACCCAACUGAUCCAGCUUAUCCACCAUUAUUCCACGAAGGCAGGCUUACAAGUCGAUGAAAGUGACAUGAGCACUGAAACUGGGCCAGUAACGUUCAAUCCAACGUCAAAUUGGUGUAACGUCUGUACAUUGUGCAUUCGGGAUGGCAGUGACUACUACAAAUGCGGAAUUUGCAACGGAGGUGACUUUGCUAUUUGCCUGGAAUGCUUCAAGUUUGGCGUCGAGUGUCAAAAUAGUUCUCAUAGAUGGGAGUUACAUAAGUGAGUUACAUAAGCCGAAAGGCACUAUCAUUAGUUAGGACUAG